AUGGACGAAAAGCUGGAAGAGAACAGAGAAGAGAUGAAAAAGAAACAAGAAGCCUGGGAGAAAGAACGAAGAGAAGAAAGAGAGAAACAAAAACAAGAAGAUGAACAGAGACGACAGGAGGAGGAAAGACGACUGAGAGAAGAGAAGGAAAAAAUGCAGCAGGAAGCAGAGCUGAAAAUCAAACAAGAAGCCUGGGAAAAAGAACGACGAGAAGAAAGAGAGAAACGAAGACAAGAAGAUGAACAGAGACGACAGGAGGAGGAAAAACGACUGAAAGAAGAGAAAGAAAAAAUACAGCUGGAAAAAGAAAAACAUGAAAAGAAAAGAAAAGAAGAAGACGAAAUGAGGAGAGAAGAGGAGAAGAAAGAACGAAAUCAGCUGGAGGAAAACUAUAAAAUACGUGUGGAAAAUCUGAAGAAGAUGCAUGAAGAUGAGGCCAGAAAGAGAGCUGAAGAGAUCAAUGAUUUCAAAAUGAAACACAACAAAGAGUUUGCAGCUCAGAAGGAGGAAUACGAGAAGAAGAUUAAAGACAAAGAUGAGAAGUAUGACCUGUUAAAGGCUCUCGCUGAGCUCACUGAAAAACAAAAGAGAGAAAAGCAUCAAGCAGAAAUCAAAGAUGUGAUCAAAUGUCUGUCUAAGAAGAAAGAGAACGUGAAAAAAAUCCAAGAGUUGCUGAUAAAACAUGAGGAUCAAAUGAAGAUUGCAAAAAAUGAGGAAGAAAAAGAAAACCUGCAGAAAAUCCAUGAAACUGAAAUAAGUGAACUAAUAAAAAAACUUCUGGAUGAAGCUGAAACAUCUUCCUGCAGCAUUUUAUGAGAUUUGUUUCCUACUUUUUGUGACAGAGCUCAGCUGGAUAAAAUACUUUCUGUACAUUAAAAGUUGAGAUGAAGAGAUAUUUUAUGGUCAGUUUGUAAACAUUUUACAAUUACAGAUGGAAUUCUUAAUUUAUCUUUUAUAUUUUCAGGAUUGUUUCAUUUUGUAACUUAUAUGAUGUCAAUGAUGUCGAUGAUGCAUGUAGGAUGAAUUGCUGCCGUGUAACUUAAGGUUUUAGAAAAUAUUUGAAACGCUGUUUAAUUUUUUGGUAUAUUUUAUUUAGAUUAUUGCAGUCACCAGCGUAUGAAACAAUAGAAGAAGCUUAUUAGAUAUUUGCAUGCUUGCUGUAAUUAGAAAUAUUUAGUAUUAAAUAAAUAUAAGUAUGUCCGUCUAAGAAGAGAGGAAAUCUGAAAAAAAUCAGAGAUUUGCUGACAAAACACAAGGACCAAAUGAAGAUUGCAAACAUCGAGGAUGAAAAAUAAAACCUGCAGAAAAAGCAUGAAAAGGAGAUCACAGAGUUCAUAGAAAAACUUCUGAAUGACUCUUCCUGCAGCGUUUCAUGAGCUGAUUAAAAUUAUUGUCAGAUUUCAGCUACAUGGACAAAUGAUUUUCGGUGCAUUUAAUACAAUUUGUAACAUUUCAGCACAAAAUACUACGUUUGGAGUACAAGAAUGCAGGUGUAGCUGCUGGUGCAGUAAAGCAGAGUCUGUACUACAUUAUUUUUACAUACGAGCACAACAGACUCUUUGGUUCGUCUGACUGAUUUUAAGGUUGAUUCAUAAACAAUUUACAAUCAGCAGAUAUUUGAUUUAAAUUCUUAUUUUCAGGAUCAUGUUUAACCUUGUAUUUAUUUUCUAAAGGAAACAUCUUUGUUUUUCUUUAAUGUUCACUUUUAUCAGUUGUUAUAAAAUCCUCUAUAUGAUGUUUUUACCCUGUCAUUUCUUUAAGUAAUUCUUGCAGGUGGCAUCUUAUUAAAAACUUUUUUUUAAUUCCUUGGUUAAUAUGGAGGAUUUUUAGUAAACAUGGAAGAAUGCAGUUUCUAAGUAAAAAAAUCACAGAAAAUGUAAAAAUGACUCAAUGAAUGAAUUCAUCACAUGGAGAAUAAGAACUGUUCAUCAAGAUAAUUGACUGAUUUUAAGACACUGUUCUUUGGUUUAUUCAGAGUUAUACUAAAGAAAAUUAAGCAAAAGAGAAAUAUCCUAAAUACAAACAUACAGACAUACACACACAAACCCCACAAAAACAAACAAAAAAAACCACACUUCACACUAACAUGAAAACAGAAGCAGGGAAUAGAUGAGACAGGAGUGUUUAUCUCUCCAUCUCUGAGACCGAGCAGCUUUCCAGCAUCCUGUGGUUCCUGCUUGCUUGCAAUGUUUAGUAGAUGUUUCUUUUCUUAUGAGAUGAAUGUCCUCAUGGUAAUUUUUGGCAACUUUUCUUUGUUCUUUUCCUUGUUAUACUAGCUUGUCACGUUUUGCCAUAUUGUGAAUUUAAAUGAAAGAAGUUAUAAUUAUAGGGCUUUGGAGCGUGAUGCCACCUCCCGCCAUGACAGUAGGCCAAACAAAGCACACGGAAGCAUCAGCUAUGCUUCGUACGUGGUUGCAACAUUAGAUCACAUGAUAGGGAAGGCAAGAAGCUGGAAAAUGGGCUCUUUUUUCAUCGUUUCCCCUCCUGGAGGCAACGGGAGGGAUCUCAUGUAUCCGAUAUUACUAAACGAAGACGUCAGGCUUGGAUUGCAGCGGUGAGACGAGCGGAU